GGCUACAGUUGUUGCAACUUUUUUCGAAAGCUCCGUUUCCCGGGAGAUCCCAGGCGGUGACAGAGCCCGGCCAUGGCUAGAGGCAGGAAGAUGUCCAAGCCCCGCGCGGUGGAGGCGGCGGCGGCGGCGGCGGCGGUGGGAGCGACGGCCCCGGGCCCGGAGAUGGUGGAGCGGAGGGGCCCGGGGAGGCCCCGCACCAACGGGGAGAAUGUGUUUGCCGGGCAGUCCAAGAUCUAUUCCUACAUGAGCCCGAACAAGUGCUCCGGAGUGCGCUCCCCGCUGCAGGAAGACAACUCCGUUGCGCACUACGAAGCCAAGUGCCCGGGGAGACCAUUAGCCGGGAUCUACCGGAGGCGAGAAGAGAAGAGAAAUGGUGGGAACGCCAUACGAAGUUCCAUGAAGUCCGAAGAGCAGAAGCUCAGAGACGCCAGGAGAGGCCCCCUGGCACCUUUUCCAAACCAAAAACCUGACGCAGCAGAACCUCCAAAAACGCCAGCCUUGGCUGGUGACUCUCCCGCUGCAGCCGGCGUCAAGCCAGCCCUGAAGAAGCCCCUCAAGGGCAGACAGACCCCUCGGAAAAAAGCUCAAGGAAAAACGCAACAGAAUCGCAAACUCACGGAUUUUUACCCUGUCCGAAGGAGCUCCAGGAAGAGCAAAGCCGAGCUGCAGUCCGAAGAGCGGAAAAGAAUAGAUGAAUUGAUCGAGAGCGGGAAGGAAGAAGGGAUGAAGAUCGACCUCAUCGACGGCAAAGGCAGGGGCGUGAUUGCCACCAAGCAGUUCUCCCGGGGCGACUUUGUGGUGGAGUACCACGGCGACCUCAUCGAGAUCACCGAUGCCAAGAAGCGCGAGGCUCUGUACGCCCAGGACCCCUCCACGGGCUGCUACAUGUACUAUUUCCAGUAUCUGAGCAAAACCUACUGCGUGGACGCCACGCGUGAGACCAACCGCCUGGGACGGCUGAUCAACCACAGCAAGUGCGGGAACUGCCAGACCAAGCUGCACGACAUCGACGGCGUGCCCCACCUCAUCCUCAUCGCCGCGCGGGACAUCGCGGCCGGGGAGGAGCUGCUCUACGACUACGGGGACCGCAGCAAGGCCUCCAUCGAAGCCCACCCCUGGCUGAAGCACUGACCGCCGCCCGCCGGCCGCCGCAGGACAAAGUGCCCUCAAAGGGGGUGGGUUUUUGUUUGGUUUUUUUUACACUUAGUCUUAGCAGAUUACUUCAGAUGUUUUUAAAAAGUAUAUUAAGAUGCCUUUUCACUGUAGUAUUUAAAUGUCUGUUCCAGGUUUCCAAGGUAGACUUGAACAGAUGGCCUUAUAUUACCAAAACUUUUAUAUUCUAGUUGUUUUGUACCUUUUUUGCAUACAAGUCGAACGUCCGUGCUUCCCCGUGCAUGUGGUCAAAGACUCGGCACAGGUUUUAGAGCAAAGAGUGGAAGAGAAGCAGGGCGCCGGGCGGGUCUCCUGCCUGCAGGUGCAGAGCCAGGCCCUGCCCGCCUGCCCACGGCCUGCCCAGGGUGUUCCAAGCUCUUGUUCUCCCCGCGUCUCGACAGGCGCACGCUGAAGUGUAUGAAUAUUUUUUAAAGGGUUUCACAGUAAGCUAGUCUUCCCUCUGCUUUCUCGAAAACUUCCUGGCCCCGGGGCCCACGAGCACAGGCCUGGUGUCAACUCCUCUUCCACGGGCUGCCACCUCCUGGGCGCCCUGGCGUCAGAGCGGCCGAGCAGGCAGGAGGCAGGCGGGGGAGGCGCCGCCUCCCUGUGCUGCCGGGGCAGGGUUCCCGAAACUGGGUUAUUAAUUCUUUAUAGAAAUGUGAACACUGAGUUUAUUUUAAAAAAAAAAUUUAAAACGUUUAAAAAAACAGCAAAAAAAAAUUUUAAAAAGAAAAAAGGCAAAAAAAAAAAACC